CAAUUAUACGAUCUCAGAAUGCUAGAGAAUUCCUUAUCUGUGGUUUUACGUCCUUAUAGAAGUAUUCUAGUGUCAUUGGCUCUCUACAAGGUUUAAUAAUUUUCAUUGCCCUUUUUUUACUCGAAAACAAUUUGAAAAUUCGAUUGCUUUAAUUCAAGUUCACAGAUAUUCCGAUUCUUAAUCAAGUUCACCUCUAUUUCAAAUUUGCUGCUCAAAUAUGUAUACAGCCGGAUGGAAGCUGAAGCGUCAUUUAUUUUUUAUCGAUAGUUACAAUUGUCUUGGAAUAUUGUAAUCGAACCAUAAAUUAUGCAUGUGUAAUAUUGCAGGAAGGAGUUCAUUCUUGUGAUCGGUAUUAAACGUUGACAGUAGUUGGGUCGUCGUAUACGUUGUACAAAUAUUACGUCGUAUCUGUACGUUUGCAAACAUUUAAAUAUUCAAAUUGCAAACGUGUUUUCCGAUAAGCCAGUUUUUCACUCUGUCCGAAAUUUUUCAACUACUACAAAUGAUCCUAUUAGGCGCGUGGUAGAAUUUCUGUGAGUCGCAUUAAUUUUCGAACGUUUUAAAUUGAAGAAUUUAUCAUGCUUCCAUAUAUGACGAAAGGAAACGAGCGUCCGUGGAAAAUAUGAACGUUUUUUAUACAUUCACACUCUAUAGUAUUAAUUGAGGUGUGAAAUGAAUGUCAAAUAUUUGCGUACUUUUUGUACGAAUGCGCAAAAAAAGAUGGAUGACGCCGUUGAAGUUCGGUAAUUACAUGGAAUAAAAAAAUGAAUAAAAGAAAAUACUAUUAACUGAAUCGAAAUUGGAAGGUCAUUAUCCUUCGUAUAAUUAGGUCAUGAUAUACGAAUAAAUAAAACGCGAAUUUAUUAUCAAUUUUCAUUCGGCCUCUACGCCUAGCACCUGACCGCUGUGAAGGGAAAUCCUCCCCGCAAAAUAUAGUGCGUAGGAUAAAUUUAUAUGAAUAAUGCAAAAUUAUAUUUACAAUGUAUCUAAUUGUACGUAUUUUAUAUUUGCAUGGAUAUCUCAUGUUUGUUAAUAUGUUGAAACGUGACCACGAUUAAUCAAAUUCAAACAGGUCAUCGCUUCGACUAGUUCGACUGUUCGCCCCAACGAGCGUUCCAGUCGUCAGCUGCUCAACGUCAGCGUUGACUGAAACGUCACUUUGACAGGUGCAAACAUCUGUCAUUUGCUAACCUAGCUGUGCACGAGACAUCCCGCAUAAUUAUCACCGCGAAUCGAUCAUGGAGUUCCUAAAUUACAAAAAUAAAGCCUAAUUGUUCCCGUUUGUAUUCUCAUCUCAUAAGACUCACCCACUAGUUCUACGAUGUCCUAUUUCUACGGAUCGCUUGCUCCGAACUUUGACAGUUGCAUCGAAAAACACUCCGGGCGAAAGUUUUACAUUGAUUCCACAGCAUAGCAAACGCAGAGUUUUAGUUGGAGACGAUGUGGAUCCAGAACCGGUUCACAGAUCUAGACAUCGACACAAACAUGUUUCUAGGUCUCGUUAUAUGCCUAAGACUAAAACCUUGGCCAAUGAUGCAACAGACCCCCAUCCUGAUGGUGAGAGAGACUUAAUACAAAAAAGCAAGAGCAAACGUCAUCUUCAAAAAGAGAUACAACGCCUCACGGAAGAAAAUCAAAAUUUAUCUUCCAAACUGGAAUUAUCUGCAGGCGAUUCUGGAAUUCAACAGACACACCUUAUAGGUACAAGCAAGGAAUUGAAAGAGAAGGAAGCACUCAUAUUAAAGCUGCGAAAUAGAAACGAAAAAAUGGAAGCUGUGUAUAAAGAUGUGACCACCGAAUAUGAAAAAUUAAAAAACCUCCUACAACAAAAAGAAACCGACUAUAGACAAUUACACAUACAUCAUGAAGAGCUGUCUGAGUAUGUACAAGGUGUAGAGCAAGAGAAGAACAGCCUCGUGACCCUCAACCAGAAGUUGAAAGCAGAAAAUGCACAACUAACAGAAGACUUGUUGUUAUUGAAAAAUUUGGUUUAUCAACUGAAUGUAGAACUAGAAAGAUAUCAAGACAAGCUAAGGAGAGGUCAUGAUGGAUCUCAAAAGAAUGAAACUAGAGUUGUCAACGAAUGUGAAACAACGAUUGAUAGCGAAAAAAUCUUGGAAUCUUGGGGCAGAGUCAAUAUUCAUGCAUUGGGGCCGUUGUUGGAUGCAUAUCAAGAAAACCUCUCUGAGAAAGACGAACUAAUAAAAAAAUAUGGAAGAGAAAUCGAAGAGUUUGGAGGCAGAUGUAAGGACGUGAUUGAAGAGAACAAUACAUUACAUAAACAAAUUGAGGACAUGACUACCAAGAUCAUCAAGAAAUCAGAGGAAAUUGAAGAAAUUAGGAGAGACGCUGCUGUGGUAAAGGAGCAGAAUGAUCUCCUUACCAAGCAGGUGUCGCUUCAAAAACAAAAGUUACUCGAAAUACACACUGUCUAUGAACAGAAGGUUGAGUCAAUGUCUAGAGAUAAUGAAAAGAUUCACAAGGACUUUCUUGCUUGUAAAACAGAGCUCAGUAACAUUCAAGGAAAGUACGAAAUUCUGUAUGAGGGUUACGAUAAACUAAAACAUAAUAACGAACGAACGAUGCCAGUAUCUGUUCAUACUGCUGCUGUCGAAGAAUGCAAGAGAUUAUUUGAAGAAUUGAAAAGUCAAUAUGAAUUAGAAAAGCAAAAGUUGACUAACAGAAUAAAAUACCUGGAAGAAACUCAACCAGAAAAUGAAAAACAAUUAAUCAUUGUUACUACCGAACGAGAUCAGCUGAAGACUUUUGUAAAGAGUCUGGAAAAAAAUCUAAAACGAACGCAGCACAAGCUAGAACAUUUGCAAAAUUCUAUCUUCUCCAUCCAAGUGUCAAGGGAUUCACUGAAGCGCCAACUGAACAAAAUGACUGGAUACUGCGAAGAAUUGGUUAACGAACAAGAACGAUUGGCGAAAGAAAAUCACGAACUAUUAAUCCUUUUGAAAGAAAGGGAGAAGGAAAAUGAAAAUUAUCAGUACCUAGGUGACAACAUCGUUCAUAGAAUGGGGUCAUUAAAAAAUCAAAUAAAGAGUGUACAGGCAGGAGCUAAAGAACAGUUAGCAACUGUGGAGAAGCACAUAAAAAAUCAAGAAGUCGGUGUUGAUCAAAUGAAAGCUGAAUUUCAACGAGAGCUUCAGCGCUUGAAACAAUUACUCAGACAGAAAGAGGAUACAAUUGGUAAACUUCAAAGAGAAAAAUUCGUGACCCAAGAUAACUUGGAGCUAGUUUGGCGGGCUGCUACUAGCGGAGACAAAAAAGUCAAAGAAGUAUUAAAGAAUACAAAGAUUUAUAAUAUUUAGAAAACGUAUUAGGAUUUUCUUUUUCAGAUAAUUAAAGACGCUCUUCCGUCGAGCGCGUGAUCUCAUUGACGGUGUGUUGAUCACCUAGCGUAUUAAAUUGAUAUGCAUUACAAGACAGAUAGUGAUUGCCUUAAGUAUACAAAUAGUUAUACGUAGAUUCGUCGAAAAAUUCAACGUCAGUGACGUUGAAAAUAUUAAGGUAAUAGACGACAAAAAUUAUAUAUAAUAUUAUGAUAUCGUUGCUUAUUACCGAGCCAUUAGUGGAACAUACAUUCGUAGACGCUGCGUAGUAAACGAAAUUUUUUUCGCUCUUUUUACACAUAUUACGACACACCGCAGCUCAAUCACGCAACUAACUUUUGCCGCAUACGGUAAAGUGCAGUUCGCUUCGUGUGUGAUAUUGAUUCUCAAUCAAAAACUACAAAACUCCUUUUCUAGUUGUACAGCAGCGCUGAUAGUCAUCCGAUAAGUUUAAAUACAAUAAUCUAGUCAUUCCGCCAUAUUUAUACAUGAAAUUAAUUUAUUGGUUUAUGAAUAAACAGAGAAUUUUGAAUUUCGUGAAA